AGGUGUAAGUCGUUCGAUUGUCUCCGUCUCUGCCAGGCCGUCUGUUGCUCCUCUACACAUUCCUCCCAUCUUCUCGUUCUAAAGCGUCUGAGUUGGUGUUCUUUCCUAUCUCCGUUGCGCUCUGCGUUCAUACAUGCCUUCCCUUUCAUGAGAUCGUACGAUUAGAUUCCGUAAGCGGAAAGCGCCACGAACACUCCCAAUACCUUGCUGCACCACUCCUCCUCCUCCUCCUGCAAUCCUACAAGUUCCAUUAGACCGUUUACAUCAUGUCCAACUCAACAUCAUGGAAGGAUCACGUCGACACCCGAACGGGCAUCACGCCUCCAAGAGCAGACGACGUGUCUGAGCUCGACAAGCUGCGAAAGGAACUCUCGGCACCCUUCAAAUCGUUCGCCAAGCUCCUCGGUGCUGCAAAGGCGCCCGUCCCGGAUGACACCGGAGAUGGCUCGAAGCUGCCGCCAGAGGAGAAGAGCGCUCUGUACAAGAAGAUCGAGGGCGAUCUUCGGGACCUUCCAAAUCUCGACAUUUCGGAUAUCAAGACCUUGAUCGAGAUCCAGGCGAAGAAGAUGUCAGGAGAGGCGAUUGACGACAAGACGUACCUCAUGGAGGGCUUGAUCCGGACCGCAGCAAAAUUACCAGAUGGCUCGAAGAAUCGCGAUAAGCUGACGCAUCAGUUCCUGGAGCAGCUAUGGAAUGACUUGCAACAUCCCCCGCUGUCUUAUUUGGGCGCGAAGUACCAGUAUCGGUCUGCUGAUGGCUCAUUCAACAGCCUUGUGCAUCCGCAGCUCGGAGCCGCCGGCACGCCGUAUGCAAGAACAGUCAAGCCGGCUACGAUGCAGACACCCGCACUUCCGGACCCGGGCGUCAUUUUCGACAGUGUCAUGACGAGGAAGCAUUCUGGAUUGCAUCCGAAUCGUAUUUCGAGCGUGUUGUUCUACAUCGCUUCGAUUAUCAUUCACGACUGCUUCCGCACAGAUCAUAAGGACUACGCGAACUCGAUGACUUCGUCGUAUCUUGACCUCGCGCCUCUCUAUGGCAGCAAUCAGGAAGAGCAGGAUCAGAUGAGGACAAAAGUCGCCGGAAAGCUGAAGCCUGACUGCUUCUCUGAGGCGCGGCUGCUUUUCUUCCCUCCAGGCGUCGGCGUGUUACUGGUCAUGUUCAACCGCUUCCACAACUACGUCGUGGAGAACCUUGCCCUUAUCAACGAGCAGAACCGCUUCCCCAAGCCAACUCCGCCAGCGGACCCCAAGGACGAGAAGGCAGCAGAAGCAUACAAGGCCAAGCUCGCCAAAUAUGAUAACGAUCUCUUCCAAACGGGUCGACUCAUUACCUGCGGCCUUUACGUUAACAUCAUCCUCAUCGACUAUGUCCGCACCAUCCUGAAUCUCAACCGCACGGAUAGCAACUGGCAGCUAAAUCCCCGCGCUGAAAUGAAGAACGCGCCGAUGGGCGUAGGCAAUCAAGUCUCUGCUGAGUUCAAUCUGGUAUACCGAUGGCACUCUACUAUCUCGGACCGCGACGAGAAGUGGACGAAAGAAAUGUGGAAUGGUCUGUUCGGCAAAGGUCGCGACCCGAAGUCGGUCGAUGCUAUGGAGUUUCUAAUGAAGCUGAACGAGGUAUACAAGAAGACGGACAAGGAUCCUUCGAAGCGCGGCUUUGCUGGCUUGAAGAGGAAUGAGGACGGAACGCUGCCAGAUCAGCCACUCGUUGAUAUCAUGGUGGACAGUAUCGAGGACUGUGCGAAUUCUUUUGGACCGAAUCGCGUUCCGGACGUCAUGCGCGCCAUUGAAGUUCUCGGUAUCGAGCAAUCGCGUGCCUGGAAUCUGGGGUCUCUCAACGAAUUCAGGAAGUACUUUGGUCUGGAGCCACAUCGGACUUUUGAGGAUAUCACUUCGGACAAGUACGUCGCCGAGCAGCUCAAGCAUCUCUACGACACUCCCGACAAGGUGGAGAUCUAUCCCGGCCUCGUAGUCGAGGAUGCAAAGAUGCCUUUGGCUCCUGGCUCCGGCCUCACGCCUUCAUACACCGUCUCACGAGCAGUGCUUUCUGAUGCGGUUGCGCUCGUGCGGGGUGACAGAUUCUACACACUAGACUACAACCCACGCACCCUGACAAACUGGGGCUACCGCAUCGCCGACAGCGACCUCGGCGUCGACAACGGCUGCGUCUUCUACAAGCUCUUCCUGCGUGCCUUCCCGCAGCACUUCGCCCAGAACAGCGUCUACGUGCACUACCCGCUCACCAUCCCGUCCGCUAUGAAAGUCGCCCUCAACGACAUCGGCAAAGCCCACCUCUACAACUUCGACAAGCCAACAUACACACCGCAUCCACACCUCGUGCGCGAUUACAAGACAGCCACUGAAAUCAUGAAGAACAAAGAGGAGUUCAAGGUCACAUGGGGCCAAGCCAUGGAGUUCCUCAUGGGCGGUCCAGCGAAAGACUUCAUGCUCGCAGGCGACGGCCCGAAGAACGCCGUCUCGCGCGACAUGAUGAAGAAAGCGCUGUACGUCAACGACUGGGAGAAAGAAGUGCGCACUUACUACACCGCCAAAACGCGCGAGCUCCUUGCAGAGAAGUCCGCAAAGAUCGCAAACUUCAACCAAGUCGACAUCAUCCGUGACGUCGGCAACCUCGCCCACGUGCACUUCUGCUCGGAGCUCUUCAUGCUGCCGCUCAAGACGGACGAGCGGCCGCAUGGCGUCUUCACCGAAGCGGAACUCUACCUCCUCAUGUCUGGCGUGUUCGCGCUUAUCUUCUUCGACGUCGAUGUCGCGGGCAGCUUCCCGCUGCACGUGAAGUCGCACGCCGCCACGCAGACCCUCGGGAAGUUAGUUGAGAAGAACGUCGAGGCUAUUGCGAGUAGUGGGUUCUUGUCGUCCAUUAUGCAAGCCGUCUGGCCCAACGAGUCCGCGCUCAAGAGCUACGGCAUCCACCUCAUUCAGCGGCUGCUGGAUACCGGUAUGGACCCGGAGAAGCUCGUGUGGGGCCAUAUUCUGGGUACGGCGGGCGGAAUGGUGAGUAACCAGGGGCAGCUGUUCGCUCAGAUUAUCGAGUACUUCAUCCUCGGCGAGGGCAAGGAACACUGGCCUGCCAUCCAAGCUCUUGCGCAGAAAGACACAGACGAGGCGUUUGAGAAACUGAUGCAUUAUGUCAUGGAAGCUAGUCGUCUGAACGGCGAGACGGCCGUCCUGCGCUCUGCGGCCAAGGAUACCACGCUCACCGACGGCGGAAAGCCGAUCCCGCUCAAAGCAGGCGAACGCGUCUUCGUCAACUUGCGCGCGGCGUCGCACGAUCCGACAAUUUUCCCUAACCCGGACAAAUUGGAUCCUUCCCGCCCCAUGGACUCCUACAUACAUCUCGGCUACGGCCCGCAUCAGUGCCUUGGUCUACCCAUGACACGCGUCGCGCUCACGGCGAUGGUGAAGGAGGUUGCGAAGCUGAAGGGCUUGAGGCCUGCGAAGGGUAUGCAGGGCCAAGUGCAUAAAGUGAGCAAGGCCAUGGAGAAGGGAGACAAGUACCCGUAUCAUGCGUACUUGACCGAGAUGUGGGACUCUUAUUGGCCAUUCCCUUGUGCCUUGAAGGUGAACUGGGAUGAUUAGGUUUAUGGGGCGUGUUGACGGCACUGGAUGCUGGGCACGCGUAAGACAUGUGUGGGUGGUGUAAGCCGCUGCGUCGGUGCGGAAGAUGGUCUAUGGGAAAAUUAGUGUUCAGUAUACACGCCUUGAAAAGGAUGAGAGCUCCGCACUUUCUCGGCUAGAUUACUUGUAUUUCAUCCCACCGAAGCAAUGCAACACUGCCAAGUGGCUUCUAG